AUGUCUGCAAAGCCACCCAAAGAAGCAUCGCCAGGACCAAACCACAGCCCACAGCAGCCAUCCGCUCGCUGGUCCGAGAUCGAAGAUAGGAUCUUGAAGCAAGCGGUAGCACGACAUGGCGUGAGCCACUGGGACGACGUCGCCAAGAUGGUAUGGACGCGGAAGAGCGCUGAGUGCCGCGCACGCUGGGCGGAGCUCGUCCCGAUACUAUACCAAGGCCUAGCCCGGCGGGAAUCCGCGCUGGAGCAGCGCCGUACGAGAAGCAUCACCGUAUCAGCAGUUGCGUCGAGCGCGACGAUGCCACAGCCACAGCAAGGGGAUGAUGAUGAUGAUGAUGAUGAUGAAACCCCUCAGACUCAGACUCCGCCUCUCCCCAUCCAAGGACAGCUACGACCAAAAGGAGAGCUACCGCCAACCCGAGUAGAGGGUACCGCUAAAUUCAACACCGAACCCUCUUCGCCCUCCUCACCCACCCCUUUAACCCCCACGACGGAAUCCCCAUUGCCGCCGCCCCUAUCAUCAACGUCGGCGCGAAACCGACGUAACACCGAACCAGGAGAACGACCUUUCCGGGCAGAGUCGACGUCUCGUGGAAGAAGGGAAGAACGACGGCAGUGGCUUGCACCACAUCCGCUUAUGCCGGGACGCCCCCGCAGAACGCCGACGUCCUCGAGGGAUACUUCGACAUUUAAGAAUAAGGAUGAUACGACUAGUAAACCCAAAGAGUAG